AUGGCUCACUCCAACGACAGGGCAGAGCCUAUCGCAAUCGUAGGAAGCGCUUGUCGUUUUCCUGGAUCUGCAAGCUCUCCUUCCAAAUUAUGGAGCCUACUUUCAGAGCCUCGUGAUCUUGGCUUCGAGAUCCCUGCAGAUCGAUUCGGAAAGGGGUUCUAUCAUCCUAAUGGUGCUCAUCAUGGAACCACCAAUGUACAACAUGCAUACCUGCUAGAUGAAGACAUUCGCGAGUUUGAUGCUUCCUUUUUCAACAUUCACUCCAAGGAAGCAGACUCGAUCGAUCCGCAACAGCGGCUACUCCUGGAAACGGUCUAUGAAGCCUUGGAGAGUGGUGGUCAUACAAUCGAAGGGCUCAGGGGUUCUGAUACGGCUGUGUAUACUGGCACGAUGAGUGUUGAUUGGAUGGAUCAAGGUGUGAGGGACUUUGAUACCAUGCCACAAUAUUUCGCCACGGGGUCUAAUCGGGCCAUCAUCUCCAACCGCGUCUCCUAUGUGUUUGACUGGAGGGGUCCCAGCAUGACUAUUGAUACAGCAUGCUCCUCUAGUUUGAUUGCUGUGCACCAGGGAGUGACGGCUCUUCGUUCAGGAGAAUCGCGCGUUGCCGUGGCCUGUGGUACUCAGGUCAUUCUUAACCCAGAGCAGUUUAUCGCAGAGAGUAAGCUGCAAAUGCUUUCGCCAACAGGUCGGUCACGCAUGUGGGACAAGGAUGCCGAUGGCUACGCUCGUGGUGAGGGUACAGCUGCAGUUAUAUUGAAGAGGCUCAGCGACGCAAUCGCAGAUGGGGAUCACAUUGAGAGUAUCAUUCGCGAGACAGGCACCAACCAAGACGGCCGAACCCCCGGCCUCACGAUGCCAAGUUCAGAAGCGCAAGCUGCUUUGAUACAUACAACUUAUAAGAAAGCCGGCCUCGACCCGGUCAACAAUCCUCGGGAUCGACCUCAAUACUUUGAGGCCCAUGGUACCGGAACUCAAGCUGGUGACCCGAGAGAAGCCUCUGCUAUCUACGAGUCGUUCGGUCGUCAUAUCCCGGCCAAUGAGACCCCUUUGUAUGUUGGGUCUAUCAAGACCGUGAUUGGCCAUCUUGAGGGUGCCGCUGGUCUUGCUGGUCUUCUAAAAGGCUCAGCUAGCAUCCAGAACGGAUACAUCGCACCGAAUCUCCUCUUCAAGACCCUGAACCCAAAGCUCGAGCCCUACUACAAGAGUCUAAAGGUACCGACGGAAUUGAUGCCUUGGCCCAAAGUCCCUGAAGGAGUGCCCCGACGUGUCAGUGUCAACAGCUUUGGAUUUGGCGGCAGCAAUGCGCACGCAAUCCUAGAACAGUACCGCGGACCUAGCGAGGCAGAAAUUCCCACUCGCUCCAAUAUCACAACUUUCACACCAUUCGUAUUUUCAGCCAUGUCUGAGACCUCCCUGGUUGCACAAUUGCAAGCCUACUCGCAACAUCUCAAGACCAACAGUCACAUCAGCCCCUACGAUCUAGCAUGGACGCUACAGGCGCGAAGGAGUCAAUUUCCACUCAAGAUAGCUUUCUCUGCGCUCACAAUUGAGCAGUUAGCAUCAAAGAUUGAUGCCAAGCUGGAAACGCUCAAGACGAAGCCGGGCACCACUCUGGGAGUGCGUGCAAGCUCCAGACAGACUACCGCUGCCCCUCGCAUACUAGGCGUUUUCACUGGUCAAGGAGCGCAGUGGGCAUCCAUGGGCGCGCACUUAAUUCGCGCUUCUGAGUUCGUGCGCAAGAGACUCCAGGACCUCGAGAAAUCUCUGGCAUCUUUGCCUCCUGCCGAUCAACCCAAAUGGAACCUUACAGAGCAAAUUCUCGCUGGGAAAGAGACUUCACGCAUUUCUGAGGCCGCGUUAUCGCAGCCUCUUUGUACCGCAAUUCAGGUUGUUCUAGUAGAUCUUCUACAUGCCGCUGGAAUUAACUUCACCACUGUUGUAGGCCACUCAUCCGGUGAAAUUGGGGCAGCUUAUGCGGCAGGUUUCCUCUCAGCUGAAGAUGCUAUUCGCGUGGCCUACUACAGAGGAUUAUACGCGUACAUGGCCGAUGGAGGCCACGGCCAGAAGGGUGCCAUGCUUGCGGUGGGCACUUCGUGGGAGGACGCACACGAGCUCAUCAACCUACGGACCUUCAGAGGCCGGCUUGCCGUCGCCGCCCACAACUCGCCAGCAAGUGUGACUCUGUCAGGGGACGCCGAUGCAAUCGCUCAUGCCAAAAGGGUCUUCGACGAGGAAAAGAAGUUCGCGAGACUGCUCCAAGUAGACACGGCCUAUCAUUCCCAUCAUAUGCUACCAUGUGGUGACCGGUAUGUCGAGGCUUUGAAAGCAUGCGGAGUCCGAGUCAAAAAGGAUCGAAGCAGCUCUUGCGCUUGGUUCUCCAGCGUGAGCGGCAGUGACAAGCCGAUGACUGCCGUCGAAGAGCUUCAAGACGAGUACUGGAGGGACAACAUGACAAAAUCAGUCUUGUUCUCAGAGGCUGUGCAGAACGCAUUCGCUUCGGAUGACCAAAUGAAUCUCGGUCUCGAAGUCGGUCCACACCCUGCCCUCAAGGGCCCCGUGGCACAGAAUGUUAACGACGACCGAUCCACGCCAUUCUCCUACAGUGGUGUCCUGAGCCGUGGCCAAAACGACAUCGAGGCAUUUGCAGACGGCCUUGGCUUUGUAUGGACACAACUUGGGGCCAACGGUGUCGAUUUCCAGGCCUAUGAAAAGGCCGCGACAGGUUCAAAAUCACCGCCGCCACGGUUGGUGACAGGGUUGCCCCUUUAUCAAUGGAACCAUGGGAAAUCUUACUGGAGCGAAUCCCGGCGGUCCAGGAAGAUUCGUUCACGAGCAGAGACAAACCACGAAAUUCUGGGCACCCUAUCGCCCGAGUCUACGCCACAAGACAUGCGUUGGUCGAACAUACUUAAAGUGUCAGAGAUGCCGUGGCUGAGCGGGCAUCAGAUACAAGGCCAGAUGAUUUUCCCUGCCGCUGGAUAUGUCGCCAUGGCACUUGAGGCGUCCAAGAUUCUUGCGGCUGAGAAGAGUGUCAAGACAUAUGAGCUCUAUGACUUGUCGAUUCCCCGAGCAACUGUCAUUGAUGAUGCAGACAAUGCUAGUGUUGAGACUCUGGUCACGUUGACUAAGAUUCAGUAUCAUCUAGAUCAAACAGCAACUGCCGACUUCUCCUGUUACGCACUGGCCGUCACCAGCACCGGAUCGAAGCAAGAAAUGGCGAUAAAUGCUGCAGGCACGGUGAAGAUAGUAUUUGGGGAGCCAGAUGUGGACGCACUAUAUUGCACACCCCUGGAAGACUACAACUUGCGCGCAGUCGACAGCGAUGAAUUCUACGACUUCCUCGCCAAGCUUGGGUAUGGCUACACAGGUCCAUUCAGAACAUUGUCAUCAACGAAGCGUCGGCUUGGUCACUCCAGUGGUCUGAUAGACUCUUACAAUUAUGCGGAUUCCGAACCUUCCAGGUACCUGAUUCACCCUAGCACACUCGAUGUUGCGUUCCAAGCCUCGAUACUUGCGUACACAUCGCCAUCGGAUGAGCGUCUCUGGGCCCUGCACGUCCCAACAGUCAUUGGAACCAUCAGAGUUAACGCAGCAACGUGUGCUUCGCCGCUUACUGCUGGAUCCCGCGUGCCAGUGUACUCUGUGCUCGAAGACUCGGAGGCUUUCUCUGGAUUCAUCGAGCUGCUGAGUGAAGAUGGCCAGCAUAGUAUGGUUCAGGUCGAAGAUUUGGUGAUCAAGCCUUUGGCUCCGGCGGCAGAGUCAGACGACCGUGUCAUGUUCACUCAUACGAAAUUUGCUCCAGCCGUGGCAGAUGGGGCUCUCGCCUCGGAUGGUCAACAACCUUCCUCCUACGAACUUGACCUGAGCAUGGUCUGCGAAAGGCUCUGUUACUUCUAUAUUUCCAAAUGGGCCUCCGAACUCACUGACGAAGACUGGAAAACCGGCCCGUCGCACUUCCUGCACCUUCGGAACUGGGUAAACCAUAUUCUCCUCAAUGUUUCCAAGGGUAAGAAUCCACAUAUCAAGAGGGAAUGGUCGAAAGAUACCCCCGAAUUCAUCGAGACCUUGAUCAGUCCUUACCGAGAGGAUGGCAAUAUCAAGAUCAUUCGUGCUGUGGGCAACAACUUGCCCGCCUCAGUGCGCGGCGAAACGACCAUCUUAGAGCACAUGAUCAAAGAUGACAUGCUCGAACAGCAUUACAAGAAAAGUUUGGGAGCAGAAGUCGCGAAUGAAUUCUUGGCCAAUAUGAUGAAGCAAAUCACCCAUCGCUAUCCGCACGCGAAGAUCUUCGAAAUAGGUGCUGGCACUGGCGGAGCCACAAAGGCGGUCCUCGAAAGCAUCCAAGGCGCCAUGUCGUCGUAUACGUACACCGACUUGAGUGUCGGUUUCUUCGGCCUUGCAGAGAAACUUUUCGAGGCUUACAGUGACAAGAUGGAAUACAAAACUUUCGAUGUGGAGCAAUCGCCAAAAGCCCAAGGAUACGAGCCCAAUUCCUACGACAUCGUCAUCGCCUCCAACUGUUUACAUGCGACGCGUUCACUGGAAACGACAUUGGCGCACACGCGACAGCUCUUGAAGCCUGGAGGAUACCUCUUGAUCUUGGAACUUACCAUGCCCAUUGAGGUGAUUCGCACCAACACAAUCUUUGGAGUCCUUCCUGGUUGGUGGCUCGGCGUGGAUGAUGGUCGGAAAUUGUCACCGACCAUAACUCGUGCCGGCUGGCAUUCCAUACUGCGCAAAACGGGCUUCUCGGGAAUCGACACUAUCAACAAUGAUGUUAGUCCUAUUACCUGGCCGGGUUCUGUUGUCGUAUCUCAAGCGGUCGAUGAACGAGUGCAGUUCCUACGCCGGCCGUUGUCCGCCACGUCUAAGUCGGCUCCUAUUUAUAUAGAGAGUCUUGUCAUCCUUGGAAACGGUACCCUAGAGACUGCGCGGGUGGCCGAAGAGUUGCUAGAGCACCUACAACGCUUUUGCGGAGAAGCUGUCAUUCUUGAUAGCUUGCCAACCGAGGAAGAGGCGUCCAGUUUGAAUCCGAUGAGCACAUUUAUCAACCUGGUGGACCUGGACUCGCCAAUUUUCAAGGACAUCACAGAGGACAACAUGGAGGGCGUGAAAAGGAUGUCCGAACUGGCAAAAAAUAUCUUAUGGGUCACGCAAGGUGCCUUGGCAGACGAGCCAUACCACAUGGCAAGUAUUGCUUUCUGCCGCGCUUUGCGCACAGAGGCGCCGCAUGUCAGCUUGAACAACCUCGACAUAGCGGACAUACAGCAGGACAACAUCUCGAAGCUCAUCGCAGAGCAUCUGCUGCAGCUCUAUGCUCUUGACGAGUGGGAGCAUGAACCCCAGCCGCUUCUAUGGUCCAAGGAGCGCGAGGCUUUCAUAGAGGACGGAAAGCUUAAGAUUCCUCGAAUUGUCGCCAAUAGCGACCUGAACGCUAGGCUGAACUCUAACAGACGAGUGGUCACGAAGCCAAUGGUCGAAUCCAGCGAUGAUAAAGUCGCGUUUUCACCACCAUCCGACGAAUCCCCGGCCUCUCUAUUCAACGUAGCAUCAAUUGAUGACCGAGCAAGCUCUAUCAAAGUCGAGUCCUCGAGCGCACACGCACUUCAGGUCGUUCGGGGCACUUCCUUAUUCGUUGCUAUUGGUAGAGAAGAUGACUCUACAGAGAAUUCCACUGUGCUGCUGUCGACCGCGAACACUAACAAGCAGUCUCCAGUCACGAAAAUGACUAUCCCUAACAUCGCCUAUUCAUCAGAAAAGCUCUUGGUUCUUGUGGCAAGCGAGUUACUAGCAGCAACAUUGGCUGAGAACUUAUCUUCGAGCGAUCACUUACUAGUGCAUUGUUCGACGGAAGACCAGCUCCUAGUUGACGCCUUGUCGCGGCGUAUUUCAGGCCAAAAUAUUCGUCUCACCAUCACAUAUGACUCAGCAGAAAGCGUUGCCGACUCGCAAGGCCCAGCGUGGAUCAAGAUCAGUAAUCGUACGCCUCGACACUUUUUGCGGAAAACUCUUCGCCUUGCAAAACCUUCACACUAUCUCGACUUGACGGCUACGCAUCUUGGAGCUCGUCUUGCUCAGGACUUGCCUGCUGGUUGCAAGCGAGUUGAUGCAUCCACUUUGAUCCAGCCUCAAUCUUCGCUGCCUCUUUCAUACGAUCAAGGAAUAUUGGCGGAUCGGCUUGAGAAUGCAGUUACGAGGGCAAUGGCUACUUCGACUGUUCAGGAGGGUUUCCAAGACUUGGUCAUCCAACUUAGCCAGGUUGAGGAGCCAUCGACUCAGUACUAUGCAACAAGUGCCAUCCGCUGGCCGUCGGACGAGCUGGUGAAGACCAAAGUGCGUCCUCUGAAUGUCUCGGGCUUCUUCUCCAAAGACAAGACCUAUGCCCUCAUUGGUCUGAGUGGUGCUAUUGGGCAAUCGCUUUGUGAAUGGAUGAUAUCAAACGGCGCUGGCUGCGUUAUUUUGACGAGUAGACGCCCUGAUAUAGAUCCAAGAUGGAUCGACUCUUUCCAGGGAUCAGGCGCAACCGUCAAAGUACUCCCCAUGGAUGUUACUGACAUUGGCAGUGUAGAGAGCGCGGUAAAGAUUAUUAGAGACACUUGUCCUCCAAUCGCCGGUGUGGCACACGGAGCCAUGGUCCUCCACGAUUCGCUUUUUGCAAGAAUGUCAGCAGACAAGAUGCAACAGAUCAUUGGACCCAAAGUCGAGGGAGCGAUCAACCUCGAAGAGGCGUUUAGCGAAGACGACCUUGACUUUUUCGUCAUGUUCUCCUCGGUAUCGAUGGUUUGUGGAAACGCCGGUCAAUCCUUAUAUGCUGCCGGAUGUGGAUAUCUGAAUGGCUUGGCCAGGCAGAGACGCAAGCGCGGCCUUGCGGGCUCUACCUUCGAUAUUGGCCGUGUCGUCGGUAUUGGCUAUGUCGAGUCAGCAGCCCAAGUUGUCCGCGAUCAGUUGAUCGGACUUGGACUCAAGCCCAUCUCUGAGGCGGAUCUACGCAAUGCAUUUGCAGAAACCAUCCGAGCCGGCCUCCCACAGCCUCAGGACCAAGAGAAACUUCCAGAGGCCGUCGUAACGAUGGGCGUGCGUCAUUUCCGCGAAGACGAGGAUGUUAAAGGGCCGUGGUUCACCAACCCCCUCUUUUCACACUGCAUCAUCGAGAAGGCCAGCACUCAAUCUAGCUCCGGGGAUCAACGCAAAAAGACUUCUCUUCCCCUGAGCCAGCAACUCGCCCAGGUGGCUUCUAGAAAGGAAGCCCUGGACGUCAUAAUCGGUAAGAUAUCACCUGUUGUUGAAAAAUCCAGUCAUUAUGCUAACAACCUGCCAGAUGGUUUCUCGGAGAAACUAGGGGUCAUAUUGCAGCUUGGUGACCAGGCAAUCGACCGUGACGCGCCCCUCAACGAACUCGGCAUCGACUCCUUGGUGGCGGUUGAAGUGCGAGGGUGGUUCUUGAAGGAACUGAAGGUCGACAUACCAGUGCUCAAGAUUAUCGGAGGAGCUUCACCCACAGAGUUAUGCCAGAGAGCGCUGGAACUCCUGCCACAAGCAGUGCUGGCUGGCAUUGAUGCGCCAAAGGCCGAGGUUGCGAAGCCCGUUGGGAAGUUGGACCUGAAAGUGCCUCCCCUGCAGCAGGCUGAGGUAUCAAGCUCGAGUUCCAAUACAUCCAGUUCAACGCCGGGAUCUACAUCUCCUACUUCUAAAAUGCCGUCGACAGCGCAGUCAUCUGUAGGUUCCGAAGUGGGCGAUGAGGACGUUACCCUCGCAGGAUCUCAGAAGACUAAUGCGAAAGCAGACGCAUUCCCUCCUCCUCCUGACCGUCGACCACAAAAAUUCCUGAAGAGCGUGCCUAUUUCCCUAGCGCAGUCUCGCUACUGGUUCCUUCAACAUCUGCUCGCCGACCAAAGUACACACAAUGUCGCCACGUACUACCGCAUCACGGGAGAACUUCGCGUAAACGAUCUGACAAGGGCCAUACGUCUUGUGUGCUCCAGACACGAGUCGUUGCGCACUUGUUUCGUAGCCGAUCAGACCGCAGAAGACGAGGCCAGCCAGAAAGUCAUGCCCAGCUCCCCACUGCGUCUUGAGUGUAAGAACAUCAACUCUGAGGAAGACGUGGCGAUUGAGUACGCCAAAAUCAGAUCGUACGAGCUGGACAUGGAGACGGGCGAUUUGCUGAAACUGGUUCUCCUGACGCUCUCGCCAACAAGUCAUUUUCUCCUCAUGAAUUACCAUCACAUUAUCAUGGACGGCAUUAGCUGGCAAGUCUUCCUUGCCGACCUGGAAAAGGCUUACAACGGCCAACAUCUCGGAGCACCUCCGCGGCAAUACCCAGAGUUCUCUGUGGCUCAGCGCAAGGCCUUGGAGAGCGGUGCGAUGGAUGACCAGCUCAAUUACUGGCGGCAGAUGUAUCCUGAGAGCAACCCGCCAACCGUCUUACCACUGCUACCAAUGGCUCGUGUCAGUGCCAGAAUGUCGAUGAAGGUAUACGAUACCCAUCAAGUAGAGUUGCGACUGGAGCCUGCCCUGCUAGCGCGAGUCAAGUCCUUUGCGAAGACCAAUGGAUCUUCGCCAUUCCAUCUUUAUCUGGCUGCCUUCAAAUCCAUGCUCUUCAGCUUCAUGGACGCACCCGAUCUGACAAUUGGUGUUGCUGAUGCCGGCCGCUCCGAGCCCAAUCUCCAAGGCAGCGUUGGAUUCUUUCUCAAUCUACUUCCCUUGAGAUUCCGACGCCAAAACAAUCAACAAUUCACCGAUGCCAUGGUCGAGGCUCGGAACAUCCACUAUGCAGCGCUUGAGAAUUCUCGGGUGCCUUUUGAUGUCCUGUUGGCCGAGUUGAACGUGGCUCGUUCCUCAUCGUAUAGUCCAUUCUUCCAGGCAUUCCUUGAUUACCGUCAGGGCUUCCCAACCAAGCAUCCAUUUGGCAAUACUGAAUUCGAGAUCAAGACAGCUGACCACAGCCAAAGUGCAUACGACAUCACCUUAGACGUGACUGACAGUGCCGUAGCCACAGUUGUUAUGAUUCGGGCCCAGAAGAGUCUCUACGAUAUGACGGCGACGGUCCUAUUCUCUGAGACCUUUACCCAUUUCCUCGAAACUUUGACCGCCGAUCCGUCACUGUCUCUGAAGGAUAUCCCUCUCUAUGGCGAGGAACAGCGCCUUAAGGGCAUCCAGGUUGGCCGUGGCCCCCGCCUGACCUCCGAAUGGCCAGCAACACUGCCCCAUCGAAUCGAUCAGGUUGCCCAAGAGAAUGGAGACAAAAUCGCCCUCACGGACGGCUUUGGCAAUGAACUCAAGUACAAAGAUAUGACAGACCGAAUCGAAGCAAUUGCCGAGGCGUUGAUCACCAAGGGAGCCGGCAGUGGCUCUCGAGUGCUCGUCUUCGAGCAAGCAGCGUCAGAUUGGGUAUGUUCCAUGCUCGCUAUCAUGCGAGUAGGUGCUAUCUAUGUACCGCUGGACCUUCGCAAUCCUCUUCCCCGUCUAGCAUCAGUUGCAAAAGACUGUGAACCGACAGCAGUCCUCGCGGACGCUACUACAUUGCACGAUGUGCCGCAGCUCGGCGUCGAUGGUGCCCAAGUCAUCGAUGUGACUGCUGUCGGUUCCAAGGCUUCGACUCACAUUACAAACUCUGCGCAGGCAGACUCGCCCGCUGCGAUUCUCUACACCAGCGGUUCCACUGGUACACCAAAAGGCAUCGUGGUCACACACUCCGGUCUGCGCAACGAAAUCGAGGGCUAUACGAAAAUGUGGAAAUUAGGCGCCGAACGCACUCUGCAGCAGAGUGCAUUCACCUUCAAUCAUUCCUCAGAUCAGAUAUACACCGGUCUCACCAACGGCGGCAGCGUGCACAUCGUCCCAUGGAGCGCACGCGGUAACCCGCUUGAAAUCACCAAGAUUAUGCACGAACAGUCCAUCACGUACACCAAGGCAACGCCAUCCGAGUAUAUGCUCUGGAUGCAGUAUGGAGGCGAUAAUCUCCGCCUCGCCUCAAAGUGGCGUUCGGCCUUUGGCGGCGGCGAGACCUUGACCACGACCGUUACUCAGGAAUUUGCCAAACUUGACCUGCCAGACUUGCGUUUCUACAACUCAUAUGGCCCGACGGAGAUUUCGAUCUCGUCCACCAAGAUGGAGAUUGCGUACCGCGAAAAGCAAGAGCUAGAGAGCAUGGGCCGUAUUCCAUGCGGGUAUUCUCUGCCCAACUACGAUACCUAUAUCGUCGACGAGGAGUUGAGACCGGUGCCCAUUGGAAGCCCCGGAGAGAUUUGUCUAGGUGGCGCCGGUGUGUCGCUUGGUUACUUCAAGAACCCAGAGCUGACAGAAAAGCAUUUCGUGCCCAACCCCUUCGCGACGCCCGAAGACAUUGCUAAUGGCUGGACACGCAUGUACCGGACGGGGGAUAUUGCCCACCUGCGCGAAGACGGCGCCAUGGUGUUCCACAGCCGCAUCGCAGGCGACUCGCAAGUCAAGAUCCGGGGGCUGCGCAUCGAGCUCAGCGACAUCGAGAGCAACAUCGUGGCGGCGGCCGGCGGAGCGAUCAAAGAGGCCGUCGUCACGCUGCGGGAGGGCGACCCCGAAUUCCUGGUCGCGCAUGUGGUAUUCGCACCGAAUCACGGCGUCGCAGAUCAGUCGGCCUUCUUGGAGCGCCUGCUAGGUAAUCUGGAUGUGCCGCAGUACAUGGUCCCUGUGGUGGCGAUUCCAUUGGAUAAAUUUCCGCUUUCGAACCACUCGAAGGUUGACCGGAAAGCGAUCAAGGCGUUGCCGUUGCCCAAGAGAGCGCAGGCAGUGCAAGAAGAGGAUGCAGAGCUCACGGAGACGAUGCUACAGCUGCGCGGCGUCUGGCGCGAGGUCCUAGGCAAGAGCAUCAAGGACCUCGGACUUGAGAUCACUCCGUCAACCAGCUUCUUCCUUGUUGGCGGCAACUCGCUCCUGAUCAUCCGCCUGCAGUCGCAAAUCCGCAUCACCUUCAACACUGCGCUGUCCCUCAUCGACCUCGUCAGCGCCAAUACGCUCAGCGAGAUGGCGCACAAGAUUGAUGAGUCGACAAGCGUCGCUCCCCUCGACUGGGAGGCCGAGACUGCGCCGCCCACGAUCCCUUCGUUCAUCGACAAGGCUUCCAAGACUCGCGCCGCUGCUCAAGGGAAAAAGACUGGCAAGACGGUCGUGGUCACAGGAGGGACAGGCUUCCUGGCUAAACAUCUCAUCCCACAACUUGUAGCCAGGCCCGACGUUGAAACAAUCCACUGCGUCGCUGUUCGAGAUCCCGCCAAACUGAACUUUCCAUCUCCCAAGAUCCGAUGCCACGCCGGCGACCUUUCGGCGCCCCUGCUCGGGCUCAGCACCGAGGACUUUGUCGAUCUGGCGAGCCAGGUAGAUGUCAUACUUCACUUGGGCGCUGCGCGCUCCUUCUGGGACAACUACAACGUUCUGCGACCCAGCAACGUGCAUCCGACCAAAGAGCUAGUCAAGUUGGCUGCUCCAGGAAAAGUACCCAUCCAUUUCACGUCGACUGCAGCCGUGUUUGGCGGUAAUAGCAUUGGCAUGGACACCGUCUCGGCCGCGGACAGCGUGCCGCCUCUUGAUGGGACGGACGGAUACACAGCGACGAAAUGGGCCAGUGAGCGCAUUCUCGAGCGCGCUGGUGCCACGCUUGGGGUUCCUGCCUCCAUAUACCGAUUCUGCCCCGCGACGACACACGAGCCUGCGCCCCAAGAACUCCUAGAUUUGUUCGCACACUUUGUGGACAUGACCAAGGCCAUGCCUGACACGACGGGCUGGACCGGGCGUAUGGACAUGAUCCCUGCCGCGAAUGUCGCGAGCUGGCUCUGUGAGUCGGCCGUCGCCGCCAAUACCGGAAUCAAAAUCAAUUUCACCCACUAUCCGGGGCGAGUUACCGUCGCGGUGGACGAGCUGAUGUCGCAUCUCGAGGCGCAGAUGGGCAAGCGAGACGAUCUCACACGCGUCCCGUUGCUGAAGUGGACUGGCGUCAUCAAGAGGGCCGGGUUUGAGUAUUUCAUGAUGUCCCAUGAAGCCAGCAUAGAGAAGGAGGCUAAGCUGGAAAUGCGGAGGUGA